AUGGAGAAUCGGGAUGGUUUGUUGGCUCAGGUUUCAUCCGGAGAUUUGGAGAUGGUUGAGCCGUCUUCGUCAAUGCAUGCCAAUGUAAAGGAGCAGUUGGGUAAACCACAAUCUAGGGAUGGAAUACCCUCUUCAAUAGGGGUGUUUCGUUUGAAGAAAGUAAAUGGAUGUCUUGAGAGAUCCGAGGAUCGCCCAAUUCUGAUUAUUCAACCUGAGCAAGUUUCGGAGGAUGUUGAUUAUUGGUGUAAUCAUGCCCUUAUUUGCAAAUUUUUGGGCCUUCAUCUUUCUCUUCCUGUGUUGGAAUCUUGGGCCCGUCGGGUUUGGAACCCUGAAGGGGAUAUGGAGAUUAUUUUGGCUGCUAAUAAUUACUUUCUGGUUAUCUUUUUAAAUCUUAUGGAUAGGAAUAGGGCUUUUGAAGGGGGCCCAUAUUUCUUUAACCAAGUUGGGCUCUUCAUCAAGCCUUGGCACAUGGGAUUCAACUCUGCCGAAGAGAUCCCCUCCCAGGUUCCUGUGUGGAUUCGGCUGCCGAGGCUUCCUCUGGAGUUUUGGAGGGAAGAUAUUCUUCACUCAAUAUCUCUGCUUCUUGGCAAACCUAUGGGAUCGGCUUCACAAACCCAAGAUCGUAAGAUAAUUUCUUUUGCUCGCAUUUGUGUAGAAGUAGAUUUAAAUAAUCCAUUACCAGAUUCUAUGGAAAUUCGCAUGGGAUCUUCUUCUUGGAUCCAACAGCUGGAUUACGAGACCCUACCCUUUAGAUGCAGAAUUUGUCAUGAAUACGGUCAUUUGCACUGCAAAUGUCCCAGAUUUAAAUCCUCUCCUCAGGCUGCCCUUGAACCUCCUAGGGGGGACAAGGGAAAGGCCCCGAUGUCUAAUGAAUCUAUGGAUAAUGAGGGUUUUAUUCCGGCGAAGCCCCGUAAUAAAGGCAAAGGAAAAAAGAGAUCCUGGCUGGAUAGACAGAAUGAAGAUACUUUUAACAAGUUUGAAGUUCUUGAUAAUUUGACACAAGAGGAAGGCAUUCCAGUUGAGAUCUCUUCUGGAGAUAAGGGUCUGCAUGAAGUUCAGGAUGAGAAUGAAAAGAAAGAGGAUCAAAUUUUAUCUUCAGAGGUCCAUCAAGUGGAUCAGAUGGCUGUGGCUUUGUCUUCUCAAGCUCACGAUUUCAGGGUUCUCCAGGGGUCUCAGACUCUGUUGGGCUCUGUUGUGGUGGUUCCUAAUCCCCCUGCUCCUAAGGGGGCUUCAGAAUCUGUAAAGGGUAACAAAGCUCCUUCUAUUUUAGGCUUACAGCAGAAAUCCUUUAAGAAGGGGCCUCUUGAUAAACUGUCAAAGAGUGGAAGGAAGACUGAUCAAGAGAAGGUUAAGAUCAUGGGUGAUACUUUGGUUGAGUCGGGCAUCCCUAGACAAAAGUCUGUUCGCAGAUUAAUUGAAUCUCAAUCACCAGAUGUGGUCUUCAUUCAGGAAACCAAGCUUUCAGUUGACGGUUUGGCGAGCUAUGCUCCACGUAUCUGGCCCCAAGGCAAUUGGCAGAGGGUGGGUGCUUUGAAUAGUGCUGGGGGGUGGCUUGUUUCUGGAACCCGAGGAGAGUUUCCCCCUUAUGGCGGAUGUCUAGUCGCUCUUCUAUUUCUCUGGUUGCCUCUUGUUUUGCGACUGGAGAAAGGUAAGUCCAGUCUAUGGGCUCACAUUCAAUUCAUUCAGGCCUUGGAUCCAUUCGUCCCAUGGAUUAUGGCUGGUGAUUUUAAUGCUGUUACCUGCUUGGAUGAAAAACGUGGUGGAUUAGCCAGGCUGGACCCUUCUGCAAAUUUGUUCAGGAAUAUGAUUAGCUCCCUGAAUCUCAUUGAUGUCAAGCCAACCAAUGGUGUAUUUACAUGGAAUAAUAGGAGAUGUGGUGGUGAGGCUAUCUCAGAGAGGCUUGAUAGAUUUCUUGUGUCCUGCUAUUGGAUGAAUAGUAGGUUGAUCACAAGUUCUGAAAUUCUUGACUGGAGGGGCUCUGAUCACUGGCCUAUCAAGCUCUCUGUCACCGUUUAUGGAAUCACCAAAAAUCCCUCUUUCAAAUUUCAGUUGAUGUGGUUAAGAGAUCAAUCUUUGCAUGAUCUUAUGUUGGAUUGGUGGCAGGAGGGGAGGCCUACCCAUGGGACGGCCAUGUUUAUUUUCACUAAGAGGCUUCAACAUGUGAAGUUCAGGCUUAAGAGAUGGAAUAAACAGUGUUUUGGGAACCUACAAGCUCAGAAGUUGGUUGCCCAGUCCAAGUUGGAUUCCAUCACUUGUCAGAUUCGUGACCAGGGGUUGACCUCAGACCUUAGCAUUGCUGAGUCCUUGGCUCUAAAGGGAUUAGAAGAGUGGGAGCUUCGGGAGGAGAUCUUCUGGAAGCAGAAAUCUCGCAUUGAUUGGCUUCAGGAGGGAGAUAGGAACAUCGCUUUCUUCCAUAAUUCGGUUAAGGCUCGGAGGCAGGGGAACUCUAUCUCCUCUCUAGUUUCUCAAGAUGGGGCUCAGCUUUCCUCCAGCGCUGAUAUUUCCAGGGAAGCUGUCAAUUAUUUUUCUAACCUUUUUUCUAGGGAGGAUAUUGCUGCUAGGGCUGAGGAGGGGGCCAUUUUGGAUUGUAUUCCCCAACUGGUCUCUGCUGAGAUGAAUGGGGUUCUCUUAUGUCCUAUCUUGUUACCUGAAUUGGAGAAAGUGGUGUUUAAAAUGAAAAAAGGCAAGGCUCCUGGUCCAGAUGGGUUUCCGAUUGAGUUCUUCCAGGAGUUUUGGGAAAUUAUAAAGUUUGACCUCCUUGAGGUGAUUCAGGAAUCUCAUAGGAACAAGAAGAUGCUCAAGUCCAUGAAUUCUACCUUCUUGGCUCUUAUACCCAAGAUGGAAGGAGCUAAUCGACUGGCACAAUUCAGGCCUAUUGCGUUAUGGAGACAAAUUUUGGAUGGCAUCGUGAUAGCCAUGGAAGCUAUUCAUUCUAUGGCUAACUCUAAGGAGAAGGCUAUGCUUAUUAAACUUGACAUGUCUAAAGCUUAUGACCGGGUGAGUUGGGAAUUCUUACAAAAAACUCUCCUGGCUUUUGGCUUUGCUGAGGAGUGGGUGAAUUGGGUCCUUAGUUGUGUUACCUCUGCCUCUUUCUCGGUUCUUAUUAAUGGGGAGCCUUCAGAUCUAUUUAGUGCUUCUCGGGGUCUCCGGUAG